GACAUCAAGAAAACCGAGAAAACUUUCUGCUCUUUCGGUUAGCUCUCGUCGCUCUCGUUAUCAGUGCUUCGGUGGCUUCGGUUUCGAUCACAAAAUUGCAAUCGGCAACGGCUUGAGGAUGGGUGUGGUGUUGACGCGAUAUCUACGCUGCGUUAUUGUGACGUAGCCCUCUAACACACCUGUGAUAUGAUUGCCACGCAACUCGCAGCAGGCCGUGCACGAUGAAGCAGCCAGCGCCGCCGCCUGAGCGAAAGCAGAUGGCGAACGUCCUCAAGUACACGUCGCUACUUUUCAUCGUAAUCCAGACAACUACGUUGGUGCUGCUACUGCGGUAUUCACGCACGCAAGCGGUACAAGGUCCGCGUUACCUGUCCAGCUCAGCUGUUGUGUGCGCAGAAUUUCUCAAGAUCAUCACCUGCAUGGCAGUCCUGCUGUGGGAAAACGGUUUCUCUGUCCCAGCACUGGUGCUGCAGCUUCGAAACGAGGUGUGGAGGCAGCCAAUUGAAACUUGCAAGAUGCUGGUGCCUGCAGGGCUUUACACGAUCCAAAACAAUCUGCUGUUCUACGCACUCUCACUCCUGGAUGCUGCCACCUACCAGGUAACCUACCAGCUGAAGAUACUUACUACGGCCAUGUUUAGUGUGUGGAUGUUAAAUCGCCGAAUAUCAAAGCAGCAGUGGUUCUCACUCGUGCUUCUCAUCGUUGGGGUUGCACUCGUUCAGAUGCCAACGGGAAAAGCACCAGAGGCUGCCGUCAAGCAGAGCCCUUACCAGUUCCUGGGCCUCUUGGCUGUGCUUGCGUCGUGUCUGUCCAGUGGUUUCAGUGGUAUCUACUUAGAGAAGAUGCUCAAGGAGAUUACGUGGUCAUUGUGGAUACGAAAUAUCCAACUUGCAAUCUUUGGAUUCCUCCUAGGAACAGUGGCUAUGCUGGUAUCCGAUUGGAACCAGCUCUUGGUUGGUGGCUUCUUCCAAGGUUACAAUACCGUAACAUGGAUGGUCAUCUUACUACAGACAUUUGGCGGCUUGGUCAUAUCGCUGGCCGUGCGCUACGCCGACAGCAUUCUCAAGGGAUUUGCAACCUCCAUCUCCAUAGUCCUGUCCACAUUGUGCUCCUACUACUUGUUGGGAGAUCUUCUGCCUACUCGAAAUUUUUUCCUUGGAGCUGGGAUCGUCAUCACUGCAACAUCACUAUAUGGCAUACCACUCUUCAAAUAGUAUUACUUGCCUACUUGGUAUGGCAGCCAUGUUUCAGAUGUUACACCAGAAGACCCGUGGGGACAUUUCGCUCACUUGUGGCUAGCGGCACAGUUUGCUUCAGGCCAAUACUGUGAAAGGACGUUAUCAGUCUACCCCAGACGUCAGCUCAACGGGUUGAAAUGUAGUAUUUAUUAUGUGAGAAUCUUGCUGCCUUUCUGCAGUCAAAAGAAAGUUGCCCAACGCUUCAUCAGUAGAAUUUUGAUGUUUCGUUUUUCCUUUUUUUCAUUACCGGCAUAUUGUGUGUAGUGCGUAAAAUAUGUGAGCUUGUCACAUGUUCUUUUACAAACCUCUUGCGUUGUGCAAUCACCAUUGAUGUGGAUGAAAAGGAUGUGGAGAGGCCCUAGUUGAUUGUGAUCAUGAAUGAUGAGUUGUUUCAAAUGCACAGCGGACUAACACUGCAGAAGGAAGAGUGAAGUAAUGCAGGUGCUACUGCCGAGAUUACUUUGCAACCAUCAAGCUUAUGUGCUCAAAUGUGUAUACAUAUGCCACAAAAAGAGAAAGAAAAGAACCAAAAUAAGAUACCAAAACAAAUAAAGCAAAGGCCAGGCAUUUUUCAGUUUUCGCCUAUUUAAUAUAUGGCUAACUUAUACGGAUACCUGUCAAUUUCAGUGUGGAAUGCUCCUUCUUGCCCCAAUUUAGCCAUUGUGUUACUGCUUUGUUUUGGGGAUGUUAAUAUACACACUUGGCCUACUCUUCGACUUCUUCAUGAACUAACUAUGCUUGAUACGUGGAGGCUGAUGUCAGUAAAGGAAUUGUUGACAGUAGCAUUGCAAACCGCAGAGGAUGUCUUGUGAACAAUGACAAAACAAAGUUUCAGGACGUACUUAGCACCACUGUUAAUCUUUAAGCGUUUAGAAAUUGUUGAAUAGAGAAUAUCUCUGGAACCAAUAUUCGAUAAGGGGACUUGCCUUCCUCAAGACAAGUCCACUUGUCGAAACGUUGGCUCCAGCGGCAUUUUCUAUUCAACAAUUUCUCAUUGUUUCAAGCCUCCAUCAACCCUCAAAUGUCUGUCUUGUUUGAAUCUCUUGAGCGUUUCAUUCUUUUUCCCAUAUUGGAAAUGCACUCUGUCCCAUGCCUGUACUGCUGUUAUUGACUACUGCAAAUUUCCAUUCUCGUGGCAGUAGCACUUGUACGUUUUCUUAUUCGUUGUGCCGGGGUCACUCAAUCUUCACUCAUUUAACUCAUUUCUAGAUGGCAGUAGAAGUCCUGCUCAGGUGUAGCCAAUUUAUAGUAGUGUCAAAGUGUUUGAUGAGUUGCUGAGCUUUACCCAAGCAGUCCUAGUCUGUUCAGUGAGUUUAAUGUUGCAGCCUUUGUGUCAGUGCAGUUUUUUUUUUAUCCAAACAGCGUGACAAGAAUUCUGAAUUCUAGGCACGUUUUACACUAGUUCAUUUCGACUGCUUGUUUGUCCAAGCACGUGAUCUCCAACCUGUGAUUUUGUAAAUAGUGAUCCUGCUGUAGAGACAUAGACUAUACCUCGUACUGUCAUCAUGCUACAUUUGGAGUACAUAUUAGUGUGCAGCAGAUGUUCAUCCUAGUGUUGGUGUUCUUAACAGUUUCGAAGGGUUUUACAAUGCUGUGAAAGGUCCAAAGAAUAAAACUUUUUGGCAGGAUUUACCUCAUGAA